GCACCAUUAAAAACAUGGCCAUACGCAGAAAAGACAGCUUCCUCUGGGGAAAAGCUCCACCACUGAUUCUGUCCCCGGCUGAGAGGAGGCCGAAUGAAACCUUGAAGCUGCUGGAUGACAUUCAGAAGCUGAGGCUGGAGAUCGAUCACAUCAAACCUGAAAUCCACAGCUCUGAGCAGACAAAAACUGUUGUGAGGAACAGAAGAUUCUUACGAGGAAAAAAGAAAUUCAACAUGGACCCCAAAACUGGUUUCAAUUACCUGGUUGAAAAUGACCUGCUGGAGUGGCGAGCAGUGUCUGUGGCCGAGUUUCUUUACAAAGAGGAGGGACUGAACAAGACGGCUAUUGGAAAUGUUCUGGGGGAGAGGGAGGAGAUGCAUCUGGAGAUACUGAAAGCCUUCGUGGAGUUGCAUGAAUUUUCAGACCUGAAUCUGGUCCAGGCGCUGAGGCAGUUUCUGUGGAGCUUUCGUCUCCCGGGAGAAGCUCAGAAGAUUGACAGGAUGAUGGAGGCGUUUGCAACUCGCUACUGUGACUGUAACCCAGGGGUCUUUCAGUCCACAGACACCUGCUACAUCCUGUCCUUUGCCAUCAUCAUGCUCAACACGAGUCUCCACAACCCCAGCGUGAAAGAGAAACCCAGUCUGCAGCUAUUUGUUUCUAUGAACAAAGGCAUCAACAACGGGGAGGACCUGCCCUCAGAGCUGCUCGCGAAACUGUAUGCGAGCAUCCGCAGCGAGCCGUUUAAAAUCCCAGAGGAUGAUGGGAACGACCUGACGUUGACGUUUUUUAAUCCAGACAGAGAGGGCUGGCUAGUUAAAAUGGGGGGCCGUGUUAAAACGUGGAGGAGGAGGUGGUUUAUUUUGACAGACAGCUGCCUCUACUACUUUAAAUACACCACAGAUACAGAUCCGAUUGGGAUUAUUCCUCUGGAGAACCUGAGCAUCAGGAAGUCCCAGGACACAAGUAAACCGUAUUGUCUGGAGUUAUAUAACGCCAAAGGACAAAAGAUCAAGGCCUGCAAGACGGAGAACAAAGGCAGAGUGGUCCAGGGUAAACACCAGUCCUAUAAGCUGAGCGCCACAAGCGCAGAAGAACGGGACAUCUGGUUGGACGCCAUCAGGGCAAGUGUCACCAAGGCUCCUUUUUAUGACCUGGUGUCUUCACGUAAGAGGCGGCUCAUCAACAACACGUCUUCAUAGGACUGAAACAGACCUCAGUGGAAACGAUGAGUUCAUGGACAUGUUUUUAUUGACUUUUAUGACAGAUUGUUCAGGAAAAACUCAAACUGAAUUACACAGCUUUUCACAUAUAUGUACAAACCGGGAAGUGACACUUCAGUGAACUAUUUGUAGCUCAUGGUGUGAUGCUUCCACUUACUUCUGCAAACUGCUUGCACUUCUGCUCCGACCUCAGGGGCUGACACAGAUCCGAAGGGGCCCCCGGGGGCCACCAGGGUCAGAAGGCGACCGUAGUGGUUGGAGUGUUAGUAUCAUGGAUUGAUAACUGAUCUGUGUGCAGGAACAGAGGCCUGGAGGCCCUCGAACCAAGUCUCUGCAUGAAGUGACUGUUGAUAUUUCUUACUGGAGAUUCAAAUGAGCCCAAGGAGCCGUACAACCAGUAACCAAGAACACAAAAAUAAUCCACGGAGACGCAAACAGACACAAAGCUACAAACAACCAUAAAUAAAAAAAUCUAAAUAUUAACAAAUAACAACUAGACACUAAACAACCACAAAAACACAAAGAAUAGAUAUAAGAUACACAAAGGGAUGUAAAAUGAUCAAAAAAUAAAGAUAUAAUUUAUGCAAAAUUACCAAAAACUUUAAAAUAUAUACUAUAUAGAGACACAAAGCAAGCACAAAAUUAUGCAAAAUGUUCACAAAAUUAUUUAAAAAAAAAGCUCUUUCAUUGCGAAGGUAUGGGGGCCUUCCUGCAUGUCUGGGUCCAGGAGCCUCAUGUCUAAUAUACUUUGUCCAUAGCUGUAGUGUAAAUGAAGAUAUAAAAAGCAGAUAUUUACUGAUAUUGAUUCAAUUAAAGUUAUUUAUUUCAUUUAUGACCCAACUUGUUGAAAGAUCUUAUGAUGAUCAUGUAUCUUCACCUGCAGAAUUCACGUCUGAAGGUUUGAGUUCAGGAGAUAUGAUUGAAGCACUUUGUUAUGCCUGUUGUGGAUGAUUUGAUUUUACAUCAGGUAAAAAAAAACACAGGGGAAGGUUCAAACUUUACACUUUUCUGACUUCACUUUGUGAUGGAAUGUAAAUUCUGUCUUUUCCUGUUUCUUGUAAAUGUCUAUAACUGCACAAAAAGCUUAAAAACAACAAUUCAAUUUUAUGUAAAUAUAUU